AUGUUCGUCCUCCCGACCGAGCCUCCGACUGCGCUCGCCUGCGACGUCACGGGCAAGGUGUUUACUUUGCCCAUCGAGAGUAUUGUGGACGGCAACCCGGCGACGGCGGAACCGCACGAUGUGAGGCAGGUGUGGAUGGCGAAUAAGAUUGUGGGAACGGAGAAUUAUAGGUUUAAAGGGCAUCAUGGGAAGUACCUAAGCUGCGACAAAAUCGGUCUCUUCACCGCUAACUCCGAUGCCAUCACCUCCCUCGAAUCCUUCACUAUAAUCCCGACCUUCGAUACGCCUGGCACCUUCCAAAUCCAAACGUUACGGGAAACAUUCUUGACAGUCCGCGCAUCGAAGUCAUCAAAAGCUAACGCGGCACCUGAGGUGCGCGGCGAUGCGACAGAGAUCUCGUUCGACUCGACGCUGCGAAUCCGGAUGCAGGCGCGGUUUAAGCCGCGGAUCAAGGCGUCGAAGGAGGAGAAGGCGCGGGAGAAGAUUAGCCGGCGCGAGCUAGAGGAGGCGGUGGGGAGGAGAUUGGAGGAGGACGAAGUGAAGAAAUUGAAGAGGGCGAGGAGGGAGGGUAAUUAUCAUGAGGUCAUGUUAGAUUUGAAAGUGAAGGGGAAACACGAUAAGUAUGGUUAAGGGGGCAGGCAGAUGUGAAGAGAGACGGGGCUUGCUGGUCACGCGCGCGGGGGCGCAUUUCAAACCUACGAUGGUAUGAGACUUACACGAUACCCAAGAAAAUGUGAUUUUAUCUGAUUAGCUGGAAUUCAUUGGUC